AUGACUACAAGGGAUGAUACUGCUGAACCCAACGAAGAUGGAGGUGAUUUUAAUGAUACAGAAUCGGAGGUGGACAUAGCUAAUAUAAAUGUUAAUGAAGGCAAAAAUAAUUUAAAAUUAUUAAAUAAUGCCUUUGUUGAUAGUAAAGCGGAUAUUCAGGAACCUGAUGAACUCAAAAGUAUAUCUGCUGGAGUUGUUAAACUUCGCGACUGGUUAAACAAAUUGCUUAGAAUAGAGAUGACUGAUGGUAGAUCAUUAGUAGGAAUUUUCCUGUGUACAGAUCGCGAUGCAAAUAUAAUAUUAGGAUCUUGCUCAGAAUAUUUGCCUGAAGAUGAAGAAGAAUGUGAUUCAGAUGAACAUAGUGAAGAAUCUCGAAUGUUGGGCCUUGUUAUGGUUCCUGGGAAACAUAUAGUUUCUAUUUCUAUAGAUAAAAAUAAGCAUUUGUCUGAUGAUCACCAGAUGCCUUUAUCAGAAAACAGUGAUGAUGUUAUUUAAUUUAAAUGUGUAUAAAACUAUUAAAUUGUCUAAUUAAUUAAAAUAAAUUCGAAACAUUA